GGGGAUACGAAUCCAAAUACAGGUGGGCUGGGCUCCAGGUGAAUCAGUCUAUGUUACUGUGGGAGGGUACCUGUGCGAAGCAGGAUCUGUCCAAUUCGACACUGGCGUUAUUCAACUCGAGGUAUGCCGAGUCUCCCGGAUUCCCUAGUGGCCAGUGUUUCGUACUGCUCCCGGGGCAACAUGUGCUGUCCGAUCACCCCUGCGUCCACCGUCAUCCCUUCAUAUGCGAGCUGCAUGCAACAGACGGAGUGUCAAUAAACAGCCAGAAUACCACAGGAUACAUGGAAGAGGGAGACGAUUCCGAGACGCCCCAUCCGUGUGAACCGGCAGUCUUGGACGGACAAACAACAACUGAGACGGACCCAACCACGCAAGUGACUUCUGUUCCUACAGAUGAAACCUCUUCGCCAGCUAACGAUAACAUCUGGGGUCUAAUCAUCGGGGGUCUAAUCGAGGCUUCUUCGCCAGCAAACGAUACUUUUGUGGGUGCUGACGAGAAUACAUCCCCAGCGAACGAUCAACAUGUGGAUGCAGACGAGACUUCUUCGCCAGUGAUUGUUAACUAUUCGGAUGAGGUGACUUUUGUUCCUUCAGAUGUGACUCCUUCGCCAGCGAACGAUCACCAUGUGGACGAGACUUCUUCGCCAGUGAUUGUUAACUAUUCGGGUGAGAUGACUUCUGUUCCUUCAGAUGUGACUCCUUCGCCAGCGAACGAUCACCAUGUGGACGAGACUUCUUCGCCAGUGAUUGUUAACUAUUCGGCAAACGAUAACUAUUCGGAUGCAGAUGAAACCACUUCGCCACCGAUUGUUAACUAUACGCGUGAGGACGAGACUUCUUCGCCAGCAAACGACAACUCUGGGACAACAGACAACAUCGUAGACAGUGCAGACAGCACCCCUCGGGCGGCAGAGAGCCAGGUCUGUAGAGAAUAUAAUAUCCCUGUAAUGAGCGAGAAGGAACUGGAUGCCGUUCUGGCAGCUAUCGCAAAAAGAGUUGGCCGUGGACAAGGAGAACCUGUCUAG